AUGACGGUAACGUGCGACACGCUGGAGCAGCCGUCCGCCGCGGUCUCAGCCGCGCAGCGCCUGGCAGCCCGCAUCUGGGACUCCGGACUGACGCCGCCGCCAGCAGCUGGAGCGGAGGAGGGAGGGGUGUGCGCCGGCGCCCUGGCGCAGCUCCGCCGCCUCACGAAUGGCGAAUCCAGCGAACUCGUCAAGGAGCUCGACUGCCGCAGCCCUGAAGUCUGUAUCGACUCCUGCUCUAUACCGAGGUUGAACGACAUGGAUUGGAGCAUGACAGUGCUGCAGACGGAUGAUCUGAGGCAUCAUGUCGUGUCCCAGUCGUGGCACGCUGUUCGGCGCACUGCAAGAGCCGUGUUCGCCAGGGAAAAAUGUGAGGACCACCAUCGACCUGAUUUUAACCGGAGGGACUUGAACAAAACUGAGCUGCAGGCCCAGGCGGCUGUUUUCCGGGAACGACUCUCCAGCUACUGGCGGGACUUGGCGCAGCUGCUCUCACUCAUGGCGACGCACGCCUCGCAGCUGUUGGUUCCCCUCGCAUUCGAAAGUAUGGGUAACCACACGAGUGAUCAGCAACUCCACGGUUGGAUUAAGGACGUGGAACGUGUGAAAGACAUGCUGCACACGAAAUUAACAGGAAUGCUACACGACACGCAACACGUCAUCAAACAGGUGGAGCACUACGAGAUGGAAGAAGACAAGAACAGGACAGGGCACUUGAUAAUCAGGCGGCCGCUGUUGAGUGAACGCCUGCUGCGCUAUCAGCCGUGGAACCUCUCCUUUGACGACGACUUCAGUGCGCUGUGCAAGGAGCGGCAGCCAGAGGCGUCGCAAAUGUUCAGCCUCGCUGCCACACUGUACGCCGUCUAUCGUGCCUACUGGUACACUGCAGCUGAGUACAUCGAUUCAUUCGACGAAGAUGAUUUCAAGACUGUAGAUGAGGAGUGGCAGCUGGAGGACAGAAGCCAUGAGACGCUCUCUGUGGACACUGACUGUGUGCAGCUGUUGGCGAACGCCCUCGACCACCCCACGUGUCCACUGGAAGACCUGCCACCGGAAACCAAAAACCUGCGCGAGCGGUGCCGCGAGCAGCUGUGGGACGACAUGGUGCAGAGGUGGCCCCACGUACCCGUCACCAGCUACCUGGCCUACACGCAGAGGGCGGACGUCAGCCUCUGCCUGCUGGCCUGGAUGGCGGUCAACUCGUACGGCAUUUGUCAGGACGUCCCGUUCAGCAUGAUACAGUCCGUGCACGAUGCUCGCUGCUAUUUCGAUAGUCCUGGUGAUCAAUUAUGUCUGCAGUCGAGCACUACAGAUGCCAUCUGUUCUGUUUCCAGAGCUAUUCUGUUGCUGAAGUGUCGCGAUUUUUCCUCCUUUAAGGCUUCUGAUAAUUGUACGCUCUUUUAUUACCCAUUUCAACUGAUCCCAGUUAGAUAUGCUAAAUCUAGCCGCAUACUGGAUCAAAAGCUAACAGAAGAAACACUGAACUACAAAAACAGUUUAAAUAACGCUAACUUGAGAUACAAGGAUUUCAAAAUAGACAGCUUGAAGCCUUUAGAAAUCUCAUUUAUACUGAUAAAUAUCAUUUUCCGUUUUUCGACUGCCGGAGUAUACAUGUACCUUCCCCAGUUACGUAACUUGCCUGGAAAGAUAUUCUUGUCCUUUCAGAUCACGUGCAUAACCCAGAUCCUGUGUUCUGAGGUCGUGUAUCGUAUGGCAGGCGUCCCUGACUUACCUACAGCAGUGCUGAUAGACAGCGCCCUCACACUUCUCAGCUGUAUCUGGCUGAACUCAUUCUGCUACCACAUGUAUGCUUGUGUUCGCCAUCUCAGGCUUCCUAACCACCUACUACCUGCUGAAAGCGGCGCUGGUGCCACCGGCAGUGCGAGGCACCGCCGCGCGGGCCGUGCGGGGGCGGGCCCCGCUACGCACCGCACGCACCCGCGUCCCUUGUGA